AUGGAUUCUCAGAUUGCUGUGAAUCUAUUCCAACAAAGGGAUUCUCUAUGUUUCCAUCCUCUAACUGCUUUGCUCUCAAACUGUGGGAAGAUGCUUAGACAUUUUGAGAGUUGGGAUAAUCAGCAUAUUUUCAGAGAGAAGAAUGGUUUGACGGAUUGCCUGCCAAAUGGAGCCAUAAUCUAG